AUGGGAGGAAAGAGAAAGAAGAAAAGUAUCUCCCCGAACAAAACGAAGGACAGCCCUCUGGAAAAGCGAGAAAAACGGAGCAGUAACAUCUCAAAUGCAAAUCGCUCAUCCGUGCAUCUGGAUGGAGACGAUAGAGCACGCGAACAGAACAGUAAUCGGUUCUCGAUCCUGGUCUGCGAGGAUGACCAACUGUCAGUUCCACCAGAGGAAACACCGAAGGCAAGCACACCGACUGUUGAAAACAGAACUACGACUGCAAACCAGCAACCAACGAAUGAUUCACUUGUAAAGAAGCAUAAGCUACCACCGCUGGUAGUCAAAAAUGUUCCACUGGACAAGCUGAACGGAACAAUGAAAGCGAUCGGUGUUAACGCCGAAUACAAAUUAACAGGAGUUGGAAUCAAAGUGAUUACGAAAUCUCAGGUCGAGUAUAGUAGAGCAAAAACAUACCUGCUGAAAGCUGGAAUUGAAUUUUAUACACACGACGUAGCAACUGAAAAACCUUUCAAGGCAGUGAUCCGUGGCCUACCCGUAAUGCCAACGGAGGACAUCUACAAUGAGCUUCGCGAUACCCACAAUCUGCAACCACUGGCGGUUUUCGCCAUUGGUCGGCGUGACCCUACCAAACGAUACAGAGAUAGCCUCUAUUUGGUGCAAUUCGUUAAAGGCAGUGUUUCACUCCAUGCCUUAAAAGCCAUCCGUUCGAUCAACAGUGUCAUAAUCGACCGAAACUGCAAUCUAAAACCGAAAUGCAAUAAGUGUGCCAAGCAUCAUCUUACUGAACAUUGCAACCUGCAAGGAGCAUGCGCUUACAAGUGUGCAAACUGUAGCGAGAACCACAUGUCAACGGACGAAAGUUGCCCCAAACGAGAAGAGUUUAAGGAAAUUCGUAAACAAGCGUCGUCUAAAAAUCAACCUGGUCGAAAGUUCAACAAACAACCCAGACUUCAUGAAGAUGAUUUCCCGAAGCUUCCGGAAGUCUUACCAGACUCGCAGUAG